AUGGAUCCAGGACGCCGCGCAAUGUUGAGCGGCCAGGGCUCAUCGGGCCGCAAGGGAGACGACAGAGACAUCACUGGCCCUCGGCCCAACUCCAGCAACAGAGUCGCCAAAACCACCAAGGGCGAUCAGCCGUCCAAGACGGCUCAGAAUGUGGCCCGCUAUCUCACUUCGGACGAGCAGUCUCGCCAGUUCGUGGCCGACGAGGACAAAUUUGUGCUCAAGCAAUCCAAGAAGAAGGCCGACAUUCGCGUGCGUGAGGGCCGCGCCAAGCCCAUCGACUACCUCACCUUCAACCUCCGAUACAUGGAGGAGAAUCGCGACACCUUCGAUGACCAGGACGGCGAUCUUGAAAUUGAGCUCAAGAACCCGGCAGCGUAUAUCGAGAGCCUCACCCGCGCCCAAAUCACCGAACUCAACGGCGACAUUGCCUCGUUUCUCACCCUCGAGGUGGAUGCCUCCAACCGGCAGUAUUGGGAGGCUCUUCGCACGCUCUGCGCCUCGCGGGACUUCGCCCUGGACCCUGUGAGAAAAGCUGAGAAGGACCGCGCGUACGGAGUCAACGCCGACGUGAUCUCCGAGAACCUCAAGGGACACUCGACCGAAGGACUCGACACCUACGAAACCCGAAUCCGGGCCGCCCUCGCAAGUGAUCAGUUCAUCGAUAGGGAGUUCCAGAGCUACGUUCUAGACGAUGUCUUGUUUUACAAAGCCAAGAAGGUCGUCGAAGGCAUGUUCAGGAAGAUGUCGGAAUCACGAGAGAAGCUGCUCCAGGAGCAAGGACCUGCUUCGCGAUCCAGCGCAAAGUCUGCGGUUGGUGUUCAGCCAGAUGCCACUGAAAACGCUGCUACCGUCACGGGAGGGCAGGUCGCUGCAUUGUCCACAAAUGCUUCUGCCGCGGGCAACGAGGAUGCGUCCGUGCAGACGCAGGCCCUCUAUGAUCGAGAGGCAGCCCAGGGCUUGCUCGAGAACGAGGAGGUCUUCACUACGGAAGCUGCCAUCCCUGACCGGAAGAAGCCGGAAUGGACAGCUAGGUACAAAGCACGGAAGCCUCGCUACUUCAACCGUGUCCAGAUGGGCUACGAGUGGAACAAGUACAAUCAGACGCACUUCGACCACGACAACCCGCCGCCCAAGGUUGUUCAGGGUUACAGAUUCAAUAUCUUCUAUCCCGACCUCGUUGACAGUACCAAAACUCCGACAUACAAGAUCUUUCGCGAUGACGGGCGCAAGCGGGGCGAGUCGCUUGCGAAGGCCGGAGAAGAAGACACCUGUCUUAUCAUCUUCAUAGCGGGACCCCCAUACGAGGACAUUGCCUUCCGCAUUGUUGAUCGCCAGUGGGACUUCAGUGCCAAGAAGGAGCGCGGCUUCAAGAGCACCUUUGACAGAGGCAUACUGCAACUGCACUUUAACUUCAAGAAGAUAUUUUACCGCAAGUAA